AGCGUCCUUGUUUGUGUGGUGCCGCCGCCGCCGGUGCAGCCGCCGCCGCCGCCGCUGCCCCCGUCUGUACCGCAGUGUCUGCUCCGCCCGCCCGCCCCGGUCCGGCCCGCCCCCCUCCCCCACCCCCGCCCCUGGUCCCGUCAGCGGGGUCCGGAACCCACUGUGCCGUCGCCUCUUCCUUUUUCGACGCCUCCGCCGCCGCCUGAGGAGGCGAGCUCGCCGGGAGUUACACCGCCACCGCCAGGAUGGAUAGAAUGACAGAAGAUGCUCUUCGCCUGAAUCUGUUAAAGCGGAGCCUGGACCCUGCAGAUGAGCGAGACGAUGUCCUGGCCAAGCGGCUGAAAAUGGAGGGGCACGAGGCCAUGGAGCGCCUGAAAAUGUUGGCACUGCUCAAACGGAAGGAUUUGGCAAACCUUGAGGUGCCGCACGAGUUACCCACCAAGCAGGAUGGCAGUGGCGUCAAGGGCUACGAAGAGAAGCUCAACGGGAACCUGAGGCCUCAUGGAGACAGCAGGCCUGCUGGACGGCCAGGCAAAGAGAACAUCAACGAUGAGCCCGUGGACAUGAGUGCCAGACGGAGUGAGCCAGAUCGAGGAAGGCUAACUCCAUCCCCAGACGUCAUUGUUUUGUCUGAUAAUGAAGCUUCCAGUCCCCGUUCCAGCUCCCGAAUGGAAGAAAGACUCAAAGCAGCCAACCUAGAGAUGUUUAAGGGGAAGGGCAUUGAGGAGCGGCAGCAGCUCAUCAAGCAGCUGAGGGAUGAGCUGCGGCUGGAAGAAGCCCGCCUGGUGCUGCUAAAGAAGCUGAGACAGAGUCAGCUGCAGAAGGAGAACGUGGUACAGAAGACUCCAGUUGUACAGAAUGCAGCAUCUAUUGUUCAGCCAUCUCCUGCCCAUGUGGGACAACAGGGCCUAUCCAAGCUUCCCUCCCGGCCUGGGGCCCAAGGGGUCGAACCUCAGAAUUUGAGAACAUUACAGGGUCACAGUGUUAUCCGUUCAGCGACCAAUACCACCCUCCCACACAUGCUGAUGUCUCAACGUGUGAUUGCACCAAACCCAGCCCAGCUACAGGGUCAGCGGGGCCCACCUAAGCCUGGCCUCGUCCGCACCACAACACCCAAUAUGAAUCCCGCCAUCAAUUACCAGCCGCAGUCAAGUUCUUCUGUCCCCUGUCAGCGCACAACGUCCUCUGCCAUCUAUAUGAACCUUGCCUCCCACAUCCAGCCAGGGACCGUGAACAGAGUGUCCUCACCACUUCCUAGUCCCGGCGCCAUGACCGACGCAGCCAACUCGCAGGCUGCGGCCAAACUUGCUCUUCGCAAACAGCUGGAAAAGACGCUCCUGGAGAUUCCACCCCCCAAACCUCCUGCCCCCUUGCUGCACUUCCUGCCCAGUGCAGCCAAUAGCGAGUUCAUCUACAUGGUAGGCUUGGAAGAGGUCGUGCAGAGCGUCAUCGACAGCCAAGGCAAAAGCUGUGCCUCCCUUCUGCGGGUCGAACCCUUUGUUUGUGCCCAGUGCCGCACAGACUUCACCCCUCACUGGAAACAGGAGAAGAAUGGGAAGAUUCUCUGUGAGCAAUGCAUGACCUCCAACCAGAAGAAGGCGCUGAAGGCCGAGCACACCAACCGGCUGAAAAACGCUUUUGUUAAAGCCCUACAGCAGGAGCAGGAAAUUGAGCAGCGAUUACAGCAGCAGGCAGCCCUCUCCCCCACUACGGCUCCAGCUGUGUCCAGUGUCAGUAAACAGGAGACCAUAAUGAGACAUCACACGCUUCGACAGGCUCCACAGCCCCAGAGCAGCCUCCAGCGUGGCAUACCCACCUCUGCCCGGUCCAUGCUUUCCAACUUUGCACAGGCCCCCCAGCUGUCUGUGCCAGGUGGCCUCCUCGGCAUGCCAGGUGUCAACAUCGCGUACUUGAACACUGGCAUCGGAGGACACAAAGCCCCCAGCCUGGCAGACCGACAGCGGGAGUACCUGUUAGACAUGAUCCCUCCCCGGUCUAUAUCGCAGUCCAUCAGUGGGCAGAAAUAACGCCUGGUCCACUUGUACUGCCCCAACCUGAAUCCUGUACCCCACCCACCCCCCAUUGCCCCAACUUCCGUCGCAUGCAGUGCCUGUACUGGUGCCUACCAUACACGGAAAACAAAACAGAAAAACAGAAGACAAAAAAUAGAAAUGAACAAGAAAACACACGCCCCGCCCCGCCCCUCCCGCUGUUUCGCACCGCCUGCCGUCUGUCUGUCUGCACUCUUCGCUGCGGUUUUCUCUCUCAGUGAGGUGGAGCUUCACCUCUGAUAGACGAGGUCCUGGGGAGACAUCUAAGCCCUCUGACGUGUGUUUCCAAAGUUUGUUUUUACGCUGUAAUUAUUAUUCUCGUUUUUAAUGAUGUGUGUGUCCUCCCUUUGUUUCAGUGGACGGUUAAACCUUUUUAUUUUCCCUUUCCCCCAAUAUUUUUCUUUUUCUCUUUUCUUUCUUUUUUUCGUAGCCACAAAUGACAUUGAGUUAAAUGAUAGCAUUGUAGUAGGGUCCCCAGCUGCCACGGGGGGCACGACUAGGAGUGUCAGGGCGGAAGUUCUUAUGCACUUAACCUGGGGCGGGGGUGGGGGGAGGUGGUGGCAUCAGACGCGGAGGAGGAACAGCACAGCCGCUGUGGGGUCUCUGGAGGCAGCGUUGGGGAUCGAAGUUGGGCUCUAAGAAUGAGGGGGGACAGCCUGGAGGGAGAAGCUUUAAGCCGUACCCACCCUGGGAUUGACCGGGGGGGAGAGGGGGGGCAGGGGCUCGUCUCACGGGGAUGAGCGGGCGUGGAGCCAGGGCGGCCGAGCAGGCCCCGGCCUUCUGGGCGCCGGGGGAGGAAGACUGGUCCUGACCCCAGGGACAGACAGACGUCUAUUCCAGGCCAAGGAGCCCAAAAGAAGUCUUUCAUCUUAUUUUCUUCUAACCAUUUCCCCCACCCCACUGCUUUGUUUUCAUCCUACGCUGCUCUGGUGACGCAGCCCCUUUGUACCAUUGAGGGUGGUGCUCCUGGCCGGAGCGUGCUGGGCAUCCUCGAGUUGGAUGGAGAGUUGGAUGGACGUGAGGGAGCGAGCGAGUUGGAUCAAAAGGCAGGACCCAGAGGAAGCAGGGGCUGUGCUGUCCCGACAGCUGGCGCUCACAUCUGUCUCUUCCCCUCUGAGAGCGAGGAGGGCCCGCCGUGACUGGCUCAGGCUGCCUCUGCUGGGAGGCGCCUGUCUCCCCCCACCCUGAAUUCGAGUAAUUUUGCUUUUUUGUUUGUUUUUAGUUUUUCUUAAGCGCUACUAAUGUAGAGAAUGAAUUGAAUUGUGCAAUGUUGCUGUUCUGGGGGUUCGGGGACGUGAGCCUCCCGUUUGCCCACACUGCGGGAGGGGGGGGCCGUGGCUGUGUCUGAGGUAGGGGAGGCCCCCGAAAGGUAGGGCUUCGUGCUCUCCUCUCUGCACACUCACCUGCCUGUCCAGCUCUAGAAGCUGCCGAGGGCGAGGGAGGCGUAGUCUCGGCAGAGAGGCGUGAAGAGGAGUUGAACGUUUGGCCCUUGAAAGCCACCUGGGGAAAUUCCCUCUUUUAUUUUUUAAAAUUAAAUAAUUGUUUUAAAGUAAGAAGGCACUUUUAAAAUGAACACACACAAACUGCACAUCCUCCCCAUAAAGUUUGGGGAUGGGAUGGGAGAAGGAGCUGGAAUCAGGCUCAGUUCUCCCCACUCUGGCCUCUACUCCCCGGACCCAGAGCCACUGGGGGUGAUUAUACUGGCCCUACGGGCCUUCCUGGCUUUUUUCUUUCCUCCCUCCCCCAAUUCAUUGAGCACUUAAAAAAGAAGCAGAGAUGCAGCCUGCAUCUGGCUCCCCCAGUGGUGAAAUGAUCUGGAAGCUAGACACCAGUGACAGGUAGUGAUGGGUCGUUUCGAGUAUUUUUCUGGGGAAUGUGGUGCCCCUGACUGUAAGUGGUGGGAGAGGGAGGGGGGGUUAAUGGAACUGGGUGUGGGAUUAUUUUAAAAUUAUAUAUAUAUAUAUAAAGAUAUAUUCUUACAUCUUUUCUUUGCCCUCUGUGCUUUGAAAGCACUGGAUAAAUCGUUUGGUUUUGCUUUUCUCUCUUCCAUGAAAUUGGAAGCUUUUUUUAAAAAAUAUUUUCCCUACAAGUCAUCUUGCCUUGUGGCAUGUCUGUCUAGCCUCUUCUCCCCUCCCCCAUGAUGAAGUGCCAUUUCUGUUAUGUCUCCCCUCCCCCAGCUCAGAGGUGCUCAGAGGUACGAGGUCCCCAAGUUUGUCAGUUGAGAUUAAAAGUAAGGAACAGAGAAUGUGCAAUACCGUCUGGCUGGGGCUGUCCCUGCCUGGAGCUGAAUCCCUCCCCCGGGAGCCAGGCCCCCUUUGAAUGGGGUUUGGAGGUAGGGCUGUGAGAGUCGGCCGAUGGGGAAGGAAGCCUGCAGCUGAGCACCUGCCAAGGUGCCGAGGC